GUGUGAUCCUCUCCAGUGUAUUUAGGCAUCCAUCCAUAGCUUGAUCGGAAAUAAUCGUGUUCUUCGUUUCUCAGUUCCGUGUUCUCUCCAAGAUGAGCUCCCCGCAACACCAUCUGGGUGGACCCGCUUCGGUGGCCUCGACAUCGGGUUCAUCCAAUGAUGUGGCCAACCGGACCCAACAUGAACGACACACCUACGCCAAAUUGGAGGCCUUAAAAGAAAUCCGGUCGAAAACAAUUGGAUUGGAGCGUUUGCGACUUCGAUUGCUGCAUGAAUUAGAAUCGUUGGAAUCCGAGGACAAAUGCUUGUCCGAAUAUCGCCGCGAAAUGGAGCUUCUCCAACAGGAAAAAAUGGCUCACGUUGAGGAGCUGAGACAAAUCCACGCGGACAUUAAUGCAAUGGAAACGGUCAUCAAGCAAGCCGAAGAAUCUCGUCGCCAAUCGCAUGACACAUCGCGUCGAAUCCUGGAGGAUUAUGCUCCGCUCAAACAUGAUGUUGAUCUAAUGCGAACGGAGCUCUUGGGAUUGGAAAAACUACCUGAAAUCUCAUCCGAGGAAAAAAACCGUCUCAAUACCGCCGGGUUGCUGGACAAACCGAAGCCUCAUUUGAGUAUCACGGACCCCCGGCAUCCUUGGCAUCACCCUGGAGCCGUGGAUGGCGAUGUCAAGGGCUUCUUCGGAUUAGGCCGUCACGGACCUCAUCCACCCAACCCAUUUUUAGCCGCAGCGGCUGCUCAGCAUUCUGCCAUGGGCCUGGGACCUUUGGGACCUUUGGGCGCGGCCAAGGCUGAACAAUUGAGGACCUCAUUGACGGCGCAAGCACCUGGAUCUGCCCCGGUGGCUCCAUUUAGGAAUCUGUCUUACAGGCAACAACCUCCGCCAAUGAAGAGCUGCCUCUCAUGCCAUCAACAGAUCCAUCGGAAUGCUCCCAUCUGCCCUUUGUGCAAGGCUAAAUCUCGUUCUCGCAACCCCAAGAAACCCAAGAAGAAAGAUUGAGACAAAUCGUCCCACUUGGCUUGGGACGCUAUACGUAAAAAAAAACCUCAAACCUAGCUUCAUGACCACUUUUGUACAAAAAAAAAACACUUCCAACCUUGAGGUUUUUAUCCACUAGAAAAAAAGAGGUCCCAAUUGGGCUUAUUCACUAGAGGUUGGGUUACACUCAACGGAUAACGAUGGUUUGAAAUCACCAAACCUCUUGAUUGAUUAUGCCAUUAAAAGCCAGCUUUAGGAAUCUGGUUAAUAAGUCUGGAUGGGAUUGUUUUGAGCCUACAAUGGCAAUGGUGGAUGCAAGCCUUGACGACUUUGAAAAGCAAUGCAACCUUGUGCCAAAACGGGUCGAUCGAGAUCUUCUCGUUGUUGUAUGAAUUAAUGUUUUAAUAACUAAUGCAAGUUUCCAAUAACUAACCAACAGGGCCAACCAACAGUUUGGUAGUUGGUCAAUAUUCCAGUUGCCAAAGCCGUUGUACAGUAAGAAUGAUGUCAAUCAAUUUUCAAGCUUUACUUUCAUGUUGUAUGUAAAAACCAUUCCUAUCAGUAUUAUGACCUCCCCAAUUAUUGAAAAAAAUUCCCCCAGAAUGCCACCAAUUCAGUACUAAUACUUAAAACUGAAAAUAAAACACCAAGAGUGGUUUCAA